AGGCGAGCAUGGUGGACCCUAGAGAGCGGCCCUGUCCGGCCUGAGGGCGGCCCGGUCCGGCCGGCUGUGAGCGAUCCGGACGGGGUGCUGAAGCGGAGCCGCGAGCUGCUGGACCUGUUCUGGGAAAUCGCCAAACCUGAGAGAGACACGCGGCUGCAGGCGGCGGAGAAGCUGGUGGAGCAGCUGAAGAAGAGUGGAGAGGCAGAUGAGUUGAAUUAUGUUUUGAAGAGGCUGGUGAGUGGACUUUCUCACGCUCGAGAGCAGGCACGCACCGGCUACAGCGCCACGCUGGCCCAGGUGCUGACUGUGUUUGAGGAGGUCUCACUUCAGAGCACUUUGGAUCAGAUCAAAGAAAAACACAACCUGCAAACUGCGAAUAAGAAACAAAUCAGAAAUGUGGUGUUUGGGAAUUUUUUCGGAGUGCUUGCGCUGUCUCAGUCCAUGCGGUUGCACAAGGAGCCACAGGUGCUGCUGGAGUGCAUCAAGCUGCUGCAGACUCUGUCUCAGUACAGAGAACACCUGAGAGAGCUGCCCAGGAAGACCAUGGUGGACAUCCUCAGUGAGACAUCGGAGGAGGUGUUCGAGGAGGUGCUGUUGAACGCACUGCAGACAGACCUGACCUCUGCCCUAAGCAGCCCAGAGCAGUUAGAGCUCCUCCUGGUAGCCAUGCAGAAAUUUCCCUCGGUCAUCAAGCCGGCCAAACUGAAGAAACUGCUGGGAACCGCAAACAUCAUCAGCAAACACACCCUCCCACGGUUGGUGGAGGUGUUAAAGACGGCCGCCCGCUCAGUGAAGAAGGAGAGCGUGUUGCCGUCGGUAGCACUGGACCUGCUGCAGGUAUCUCUGAGGGAGGACAGCUUUGAGCUCUUCUGGAAGGAGGCAGUCAUCAGCGGCUUACUGUCAGAUCCCCCAGGCCCCUGCCAUUAUCUGGUGUUCAGGCUCCUCGGUGUGGCUCUGCCUCUCCUUUCUGCGUCUCAGCUGCAGUUUGUUCUUUCUGGAGAGGUGAUGAGACGUUACGGGGAGCAUGUGGUGUCUGCACAGCUUCCAGAGCGGUUUAAGUUCUCCCCGGAGAUGGACGCAUACGUGAACUCCUUCAUGCAGAGCUGCAGGGAGCCUGACAGGCAGCUGACCGUCAUUCUGGCCUUCACCCAGCUCACACAUCAGGGGUACCCAGCCGUGCCCUCUCACUGGAAGGUUGUGGAGCAUAUGGAGCCCAAAGCACUGAGGAAGUAUGUGGAGUGGCUGAAGGAGGCGUUCUGCCGACCGCAGCCGGACAAGUGCCUGGAGUUCAGCACCCGCAAACAGAGAGAGGGCCAGGAGACCACAGUUCAAAAUGAAACCUGUGUCUUCCGUUUCCGGAAGUGGAUUGUUCCACGACUCGCAUCCAUUGUGGAGAACCAUCAGAUUAAGAAAGAUGAGGAGCUUGUUAUGGGCAUCGCCAGGUUCAUCUUCUUCCAUGCUUUUUUCGACACUAAAAAGGCCACGGCGGAGAUUCCGGAGACUAAGCGCUCUCUCUCGGUCCCAUUGGACAACAACACACGCAACAUCACCAGCUCCGCCUUCUACAGUCUGCUGCAGCAUCUGAACGUUCUGCCUGUGCUGGACGACUCUGCUGAAGCCGGAGCUGUGAGUAAGCGCCGAGCUCUGGGUGUGAUGGCUGACGGCUCUAUGUGGGUGUACCGCCUGGUGGAGUUCGCAGACACACUGCUCAAACAGGACACACACGUACGGAGCACUCAGACGUUCACGGAGGAGCACACGCAGGCCUGGGACAGCAUGCUGCAGUCGGUGGAGACGCUGAUGAAGAAAAUGAAGAAGUCUCCUGCUCCAGAACACGCAGCGUUCCAGCACCUCUUCCUCAUCGUUGGUAUUCAGAUGUUUAAGGCUCCUGAAGACAGUGUGGAGCUGUUGAAGGAUCUGCGGAGCUGCAUGGAGAAAGCCCAGGCCAAGAAAUCCAAAAAGAAGAAGAAGGAAGCAGAUGGUGAGCAGGAGCCCCACUGGGUGGAGGUCGUGGUAGAGAUCCUGCUGUCUCUGCUCUCUCAGCCCAGCCGCCUCAUCCGCAACGUGUGCAGAACAGCCUUCAGCCGCAUCUGUCCACACCUCACCCAGCCAGCGCUUGGCGCCAUCCUCAACGUUCUGGAUCCCAGUAAAGACGAGGAUGAAAGUGGUGUGGUAGUGAUGGACGAGAAAGAAGGAGCGAAGAAGCAAGCGGAGGAGGAAGAUGAGGAGAAUGAAGAUAAAGAGGGUGAUGGGGAACAGGAAGGAGAGGACGAGGAGGAAUCGGACUCCUCAGAUGAUGAUGAUGAUGCCGACGAGGCGAUGGAGGAAGAGCAGGAGGAAGUAGAUCAGAAUUUCCGUCUGGAGCUGAUGAAGGUUCUGCAGGGACAGAAUGCCCUGGCCACUGAAGAGGAUGGCAGUGAGGAUGAGGAGGAGAUGGAUGAUGAAGCCAUGAUGAAGCUGGACAAAAGCCUAUCCACUCUGUUUGGAGAGCAGAAGAAGAAGCUGCAGGCCAAAAAGGAUGAGAAGGAGCGACUGCGCAGAGAGAAAACGCUCGUCCGGGAUUUUAAGAUUAAAGUGUUGGACCUGGUGGAGGUGUUCCUGACCAAGCAGGGCAGCAGUGCCCUGGUUCUGGGGAUGGUGGAGCCUCUGCUCAGCAUGAUCGAGAACGGAAUGAGCUCUGAGAGCGGUCAGCAGGAGGUGGACUUCCUGCGCAGAGCCGCAGACAUCUUCAGGAAUCAGCUGUGUCGCGGUAAACAGUACUGCAGAGAGGUUGAGGGGCGAGAGGCGGAGCUUCACGAGAUGCUGGAGCGUCUGAUUGGUCGAGCGCAGAAGCUGCGGGACUCCUCAGUGGCGCUGUACUACUUUAGUGCUGCACUCUAUGUAGUUAAAGUGCUGCGAGGUGUGAUGAAGGAAACAGACGCCACUCAGGCAGCUGAGGAGAAGAGCAUGGGGAAGGCGGAUGUGGAGAGAGUGACUAACUGUUUCAGAGACGCUCUGACUUCCUUUAUGACCCGCCGGAAAAGCCCCCUGACAGGAGACAUGUUCAUUGACCUCUUCAACAGAUUCCCUGUUGUGUGUGUGAACCUGCUGGACACUGCAGUGGAGAACAUCACAGCAGGAGUGAGAGAACAUCAGCAGAGCCAGGCGUGUGUUAUGGUGCUGAGAGCUCUACAGUCUAAAGAUGUGAAGCAGUUGAUGCCGUCAGCUCAGUGGACCAAACUGUGCCAGAAAACAGCACAGCAGCUCAUUCAGUGUCUGCAGCAUGUAGAGUGCAAGAACAAAGCUGUGCAUGAGAGAACAGUGAAGGCUCUGGAGCUCUGCCAGUACCUGGUGAAAACCGUUCACACACAGAAGGUGGAGGUGAAUCUGGAUCCUCUCCGGGAUGUUCUGAGGUCCAUGAAUGCUGAUGGGAGCCUGCAGAAGGCUGGACAGCUGGAGGACACGUACUGGAGCGUCAUGAGGCUCUUCGGCAUUCAGAAACCCAAAGUGGAGAAGGUGAAGAAAGUGGUGGAGGAGCAGACGGAGCAAGAGGCUCCAAAGAAAAAGAAGAAAGGGUUCCUCCCAGAGAGCAAGAAACGCAAAAACCGCAAGAAACCACAAGUCCUGGAAGGAAAAGAGGCCACAGAAACGCAGCAGCAGGAGGGGGGAGGAGGAGGAGGAGGCGUGGAAGGAGGGAAGAAGAAAAAGAAGAAGAAGAACAAGAAGAGGAAAGGACAAGGAGGAGAGCAGUCUGAGGCUCAGCCUCCAAACAAAAAGACCAAAAUGGAGCCUCCGCAGAGUAAGAAGCAGAAGAAACAGAAGCAGAAGCAGACUGGGGGAGAUCAGGCCAGCGCAGAGUGAUGAAACACUGACCUCAGCAGGAGAGCAGGUCACUCAGAGACUGACCACUGACCCUCCGAACACUGACAGUGGAGUUAAGUCAGUGUGAAGAGUGUGAAUCAGGCUUUAGAGUCUGAGGUGAUGAUGUGGCUCUGUGUUCAGAGCUCCUCUUUAACGUUAACCUCCUCGACAGGACAGACAGGCAGGGUGUCUUGUGUGCAGAUUAUACCUGUUUUAUAUGGAGCGUCUCGAGUUCACUGAUUAAACUGACCGGUCUGUGGUUAAAACGUAUCCAGAUUGCUGCAAGUCUUGGUAGGGAAAGUUCACCCUGUUUAAGUUCACACCUCUUUGUCGUAAAUACAGUGCCCCUUCAUGCUCACACCCUGUUUUAUUUCAGUUUCCAUGUAUGAGUUUAUAAAGAUACACAAAUACUGCUCUCACUUCACAAACAGAUGGAGACGUGUAGCGAUGAAACAGAAGGCUAUGCAGUAUAAAUUAGUUUUGCAGUAAUGCUGGACCACAGACUGGCGAGUUUAAUCAGCUGCAAAGUCUGUUUUUUGUAAUGUAAAAGAAAUCAUUAAAGUUUCUUUAUUCUGUUGACAAA